GUCAUAGCGUACCAGCAAAUAGUGGGCUCGUCCUAAGGCUGCAGUGGGCGAUCAAGGUACCUCCAUGUUAACGCGCUCCCGCAGCUUGUCGCCAAACAUCCCGCAUAUGGCCAUGAGCGCAGAGCACAACGAUGCUAUGCCAAGUUUGGAUGACAUUAUCCGAAGCCUGGUUCCGGAGGCCGUGCCGGGCCUCUUUGCAGGCGGGCAACUGGAUAGCGCGGGGGGCUUCGCGGCCUGCCGCCUUGCCAGCCGGGCUCUGCGCGACGCGCACGACCCCUUAGUGCGCAGUAUGAGGCUGCGCAUUAAUGCAGCCGCGAUGUCAUUCUACCAGCAGCUUGGCCACUCGCCACUUGCGCGCUUUCCGUUCUGCGAGGAUCUCACCGUCGAGUUGAUCGACCACAGCGAGGCUUUGAAUUACACAACUCUCGUUCAUGUUGAUGACGAUGACCUGGACGAGCUGAUGCGGGAUCCAGGGCCGAAGCCAGGGCCAGAGCCGAGGCCGGAGCCGCACUGGGCGCCGGAGCCGGAGCCCACCUCCCUGGGGGAGCUGGUCGAGUUGGGUCUGGCGGGCUGCAGCGCCGCAGCGCUGUCCCGCAUACGGCGCCUCGCGCCGCGUCUACUGCUAGUGUCCACAGACUGUGAGGCGCCGGGUGAGGCCGUCGGCGUGCUACUGCGGCGCCUGCCGCGCGUUGAGGUCCUGGACCUGUCCGGCUGCUGGGGCGUCCUGGGCGGGGUGGCUGGCUCCUACGACGUGGAGCGGGAGCACCUGGAGCUGCUGUAUGGUGCGGUGGCGGAGGCGGCGGCUGGCAGCGUCAUGCACCUGGCCCUGCCCCGCCUGCGCUUCUGGAACGCGCUGGAGGGCGUGGGCGCGCUGGCGGGCUGCGCCUCCCUGCGCGUGCUGGAUGCCUGGGCGGGGCACGACUUCCGUGCUUGGCCUCGGCAGACGGAUGACUCUGUGCCGGAGCUGACGGAAGAGGUGGUGGUGGCGCUGUCGCGCCUGCAUCAGCUGCAGGAGCUCUACCUGGCCUGCCGCGACCCCACCAUCGGCGGGCAGCUGGUGGAGUGUGUGGUGAGCAGCCACCGCCCCCGCGGGCUGCGGCGGCUGGGGCUGGCGGGCUGGGUGAUGGGCGCCACCUUCACACCCUUCGAGCUCGACUUUGAGCCGACGGCCCGGGCCGGCGGCGGCAGCGGCCGCAACAGCGGCGCCGGGGCGGCUGCGGGGCGCGCCGUCAUCAUCAGCCGCAUAAGCACCGCCCUCACCCACGCGCCGGCCGACCACGGGCUGCACGGCUAUGGCAGCAUGCUGCCCAUGGCGGGCAUAUUGCGGGGCGUGCUCACGGCGGGUCAGCGCCUGCCGCUGCUGCGCCUACACACGCUGACGGGGCAGCCCUCUAAGCCGCUGGCGGCGCUGGCGGACCGCAGCGACGCCGUUGAGCUGUGCCGGCUGGACGGGCGCUCCAUGCCGGCAGCCCAGCUGAAGGCGGUGGUGAGGAGCCUGGGGCUGCCGCAGCGCCUGACGCUGUGGCACGGCGCCUGGCGGCCCGCUGCGGCUGCGGAGGCGGAGGUGGGGCCGCCGGCGGCGCCGCCGCUGCUGCCGGUGGGAGUUCUGGAGGGAGCAGCAGCUGGUGGUGCGGGGGCAGGCGAGAUGGGUGCUGGGCUGCUGCUGCCGCAGCUGGAGGCGGCAAGUGCGAGGCAGGUGCUGGACGCGGCCAUGACGCUCGCUGGUGGUGGCCGCGGCGGUGGAAGGGGUUCAGUGGCGGUGGCGGCGUCAGAGGCGGUGGCGGACGAGGUGUUGAAGGCCGCUGUGCAAAUGGUGUUGUUCCGGCUGUGGCGGGAGGCGUGGGCUGCAGGUGCCGCCGGUAGUGGUGGUGCCGCUGCAGCGCCCCAGCAGCAGCCGCAGACGCGGCAGGGCCCCCUGCACCCACAGGCCAGCCGCGUGAGUCCAGAGCUGCCGGAUAGGCUGACGCGGCUGCAGCAGCUCGAUGCGGAGGUGGCGGAGCUGCGGGGGGCGGAGCAAGUGCGGCGGGCGGGCGGCGCUGCUGGGGGAGCAGUCGGCGGGCAGUAGGCGUGCAGUAGGCGUGCAGUGAUGAGGCCCGGCGGCACUGGAACCAAUUUGGCGGGAACCAAUUCAUCGAAGGCUGUGCCUGGCCAGUAAAGGUCGGAAACUACCGCCGUCGCCUGUCAAUUGGAUCAAUUCGGUCAAUUUGGUCCCCGGGCGGAGGCUAGGGAAUGUACAGUACACUGAGAGGACUAGUGGACAACUGGCCUGCCUGGUGGUGCCUGUUAAAACCGCCCCCAGCUAUGCCAAGGAGAUGAGGCGAGUCCGGAAGAUCUUCGCCCUGAAACCUUGUACCGUAGUCAGUACUGUUGUAGUGUGGGCGUGAGCCAUAUUCCUUGGAUUUAUCGGCAACCUGAGCAGGGGGGGGGGUACGAUUGUACGAACUAAACC